CUGCCACCCCUAGAUGGUACUCCAUAGUUAGUAUUAUAAAAAGGGCAACAGUGUCCCGUAAGGGUUACAUUUUGCAGCACCUUGAUUUUAUGACCUCCUAACAUGCGUAGUAAUAUACGGAGUCUCGGUGGAACCUCGAUCACCUGGUGACCUCGUACCUGCCUCCAGCCCAAGCGUACUCCUCUGUCCUCGGCAUCUCGAAGCCGGACAGUCCCAGCCGACGAAUUUACGAAGAUGGAUGAGAACAUCCUUCGCGCGCAAACCAAAAGAGGUACAAUCUCUGAGUUUGCUGCGGAAAUGCCAACUGCAAAGAAGCCAAAUCUGUCUCCCUGUCCUAGUGAUGACCCAACUGGAGGUGAUAGUAAGAGUAAAGAAACUUCAGGAGAUGCUUAUGACCCAUCUGAUGAUGAAGUUGUUGAGAGAAUUCAAUACAUGAUGAAACAGAUUGGUGAUAAUGAGGGAUUGAAGCAAGUGCUCGCGGUAAAAUAUGGAGAAGGCACGGAGAAAUAUAACCGUCGGUUUGGAGAGAUUAUGAAGAACUAUAGGUAUACCGAGAAAGCAUGGUUGGCGCUUCCAGGUUUGACAGGAAGGGUGCAUGUCAAAGCUGUUUUGGAUAGCAGAGGCCACCUCCUUUACCUGAUAACCCGUUUUUUACCUGAUAACCCGUUAUUUACCUGAUAACCCAUCCUCAACAUAACCACCCAGAAUUUGGAGUUCGGAAUCCUUUUGAACGUUACAAGUGAAAAUCACUAAAUGGGAGGAAGUUUAAUUAGGAGCGGUAUCUCUCAAGUACUAAUGUAGUAACUUAUUACUUGUGCUCGUAAAAAUCACUAAACGGGAGGAAGUUAAUUAGGAGCGGUGUGCUGUCAAGUACUAAUGUAGUAAAUUUUUACUUGUGCCCGCAAAAAUCACUAAACAGGAGGAAGUUUAAUUAAAAGUGGUGUGAUGUCAAGUACUACUGAAGUAAAUUAUUACUUGUGUUCGGAAAAAUCACUAAACGGGAAGAAGUUAAUUAGGAGCGGUGUGUUAUCAUGUACUAUUGUAUUUGGUAGUAAAUUAUUAUUUGUGAGUUGUGACUGCA